UGUAAAUUCUGUAUAUAUGAGAGGACAUUAUGAAAAGCUUCAAAGAUUCUUGAGUGUUAAAUUUUCACUUUAUUUCUCACAGAGAGACGCUUGUCCAGGAUGCUUCCUGUUUCCAUAUAUGGCGCUAGGCUGUCUUCCUGUGUCCUCACGUCCUCACAUGUUAUAAAUGUCUCAGUUUGUCCCUCAGACUCUGAACUGGAUCAUCUGUCAGUAAACAUCUGCAGGAUGUGCGUGUCCAGAUGUCUGCGGUGUGUUUCUGUCUCCCUGGUUGCCAUGGCAAUAGUCUGUAUACUGUCCAACAUCCUGCUGCUGCUUCCUGACCUGAAGAUCCACUUCCUGUUGGAGGGUCAUGUGACCAGAGAGGCCACCUGGACCUCGGGCCUGUGGGGCUCUGGGCUCCUGGUUCUUCUCGCAGCUCGACGGUUUGACCGGAGCAGCCGGACCCAAGACUGCUGGGCCUUCAGACGCAAGAUGUUGUCUCAUGUGAUGUCCUCCUGUGGGUGUCUAUUGGCUGCAGGGGUCUGCUGUUAUGUAUCUGCCACAGGUCUGUCUCAGGGUCCUCUCUGUUUGUACAACACCACCUCUGGUCCGUCCUGGGGCGUCCCGCUGCAGCCCGUCCCCAACCGUCAUACAGGGUACCUGAACAACAGGACUCUGUGGUCCAGCGUUUGUCUCGAGCCUCGCGGGGUUGUCCUCUGGAACCUGGUCCUGUUUGGCGUGAUGGGGGGAGCCAGCGGUCUGCAGACUGUCCUCUGUGCCGCCAACAUCCUCAACUCCCUGCUGGGACUAAUCCUGGGACAGGGCUUCUGCCACCACAAGGUCUGUCUCUGGUGUCUCUUGUCUUAUCCUGUUGUCUCUGCUGUCUCUGGUCUCAUCCCGGUGCCUUUGCUGUCUCCGGUUUCCAUCUGCUGUCUCCG